GUAUACAAAUGGCUUCGAUGGGUGACAAGCAGCGAGGGGCCACCGACUGACGCAUAUUCAUUCAAGGAGCUCGUUCUCGUUUACAGGAGAUGGUGGAGGCACUGCGAUCACAAGUGGGAGUUAGACUUGAGGCUGUUGGGGGGGAAGCUUCAUCGCGUCCACCGUAUCGGGAAGUGAUGUCGAACAUGUUGCAGAUUGUCUGGGAGCUGCAGCAUCUGCAAACGGAGGGCCUCAUGGAUGGUCAACUGGAGGCUCUGAAGCGGUGUUGCGACGACAUCUUCGAGGAGGGGCAAGAUGUGGACGCGGCGCUGGAGGAGGAGUUCUACUUGCACUUGUUCGAGACGGAAGAUGCGGAUUACACCGAUGUGUGCACCACUGGUAAUGACGAGCUGGAGGAGGGUCGAACUGGUGUUGAUAUCGCCCUCCCUACUGAUAAAAAUGCAAUUGAUAACAACAUGUUUGUGCAGGUCUGGGGUAUAGACACAAGGAUCGUCAACUUGGGCUUGUCCGACAACAACGUCAACAAUAAAAACAACAACAACAAUAACAACAACAACACCAGCAACAAUCACGACGUAGGGAUUGUGGGCAUCGACAAAAUUACGACAGUCGAGCGCGACACUGGUGCAACGUGCACGCUGGAUUGCGAUAAUAACAACAGUGACAACGACAAUGACAUUAAUAACAAACAAUGGUAAGCACGACACCGAUGCGAGUGAUGAAAUCGUGAGCCCGUGCACGCUGGAUUGCGGUAAAAACAACAGUGAUAACGACAAUGAUCUUAAUAACAACAACGACAACCACAUGAAGAAUGUUAAUAUCGACGGUUUGGUAAGUAUGGUAGGGGUUUCCGAUUUGUCUACCCCUCCUUCUCUCCCCCGCUGUCCUUUCUUCCUUGCAAUCAGGUUGACGAUUUGGGGGGUGGGCGAAGGGGUUGUUGGAAUGGUCCGCUCAACAAAUUGGAAGGGUGUGC